CUGUUGAUCCGUUCGGUUCAGUAUUCCCCCCGGGUGGAUUUGCCGUUCUGCUCCGUUAUUCGGUUGUUGAUUUAUUUCGGAUGUCCGCACAAGGGUUGUGAUUGUUUGGAGGUUGAUAGUGACUGCGAAACUCUUGCGCUCCCCUUUGGUAUGUCCAGGGCUCGAUCGUGUAAAUUUCGUUCUCUUGGAUAAACGAAAAACCAUAGCAACCGGCUGUUGUUAGGUUGCCCAAGUCGAAGAAAGGAGGAAGAGGUGGUGGUGCAACGGUGGGUGGUGAAAUAUGAGCUGUUGCUGAUGAAAAACUCUGCUGCUGGUGUGGAGUGACCGCUGCUUGCAUGUGUUUCGAGAAUUUAGCAGUUCGGCACGGAUGCCCCAGUUUCGAGUCGGAUUUGUAGUUUCGAUUUUUCCAAACAAUUAUUCAUGUGUGUCGGUAAUAAGAAGAUCAACAUUUAGUAUACGCGUUCCGUUUGGGUGGUGCGUAUUUCUUGGAGAAAGGCGUGUGCCCAGUGUACGUACGGUUGCCCAUGUGCAGCGUUAAUGAAGCGGCAUUUGUGUAGUGUAACGAAUGUUUAUAGUUUUUCACUUUUUAUGUGCUCUUCGCUCCAGCGAACUAUUUUUAGCUGUGGAAGCGUAAACAGUGCCAGUACUUGCUUACGUGCGUGCGGCUUAUUGGGGGGAUUCGUGCAGUCCGCGCAGAUGACCCGCGUCGAGUAGCAGUUUAUGGAAUCUUACUGCACCUCCAGAGUGUCAACGGUGUCGGGUUUAUCAUAAACAAGUGAGUGCAUGACCGUCGGAUCAAGUGAUUAACGCCACCGAAGAAGAGAUAGAAUGCUGAACAACAUAAGUUCCGGUUGAAAAGUGAAGAUACAGAAUAAAAGUGAAACCAGAGACGAUAUUCAGUGGUUUCGCUUGAAGGCCAGUGCAGUGCUUUGUUCGGUGCUUGACUGCUGCGGCUACUGCAGAGUGCAGAUUAACAAUACCAGGGAUAUCCUGCCAGUGACCUGGAAUUAUUGCAGCUCUUUGCUGUUGAACCCAAUUCAAGACUCCCACGCUGGCAAGGUGGGCUCCACCCUGUGUGGUUGGGUUUAUAAGCAAACCGUAAUUGUAACCGUGCUGUUUAGUGUCUCUGAGUGAAGACCCCCAAUGUUCCCAUCAUUAAAAACGGACGAGGCGCUACGAACCAUUGAGUGUUGACUUAGCACUCGGUCGCGCGUGCAGGUUUACUUUUUGUUUUGUACAAUAUCUCAUUUACACUGGCUGUCACGGAAAUUAAAAACGAACCAUCGUGGAAAAGCCGAAACAAGGAAAAUAGUAGGAAAUUUUCUUGCGCUGCUUGAAAUGGUACUGGUGUUCUAAUUUCUCGACCGCUUUACACUGGCUGGCCGCGCGAAAGUCGCUCCCCUUUCUCGCCCCGCCUUGCAGUGGGAAUUCCCAUAUACAAUUGCACCGUGAAAACAACUCAAAACAAUAACAUAAUUGUCAUACAUUCACCCUCGCCUUCACUAGAGCCCGGUACAGUGUAUGUGUGUGUGACUCAGCAGAAGAAUGGGAGUGUAAUCUCAGACGGAGUUUAAUUUUUUUAUAUUUUUUUCUCAAAAGUGGAAGAAAGCUGUUUGUCUAGCAUCGCGCCGUGUGAGAGUCAUUAGAAAGGGCACCGUAAACAAUAGCAAAAUCUGAAUUUUUCGCGCAAUCCAGAAGGCUAAUCGCACAGAGUGCUGCGGUUGUAUAUCUGUUUGGGUGUGUGACUGUGUGCUUUGCAGUCGAAGAUCUGUGAACUUGGAAGGAGAUAGCAGGGACCGCGAGUGCAGCAGCCGAAAAGCGUAAGAUCGGCGGCUGAAAUCUUCUGAGAUAAUUACGUGAAGGCCGGGAGUUCGCUAAUAACAACAAACAAUAGACCCCAGCUUACCGGCGUAUAAUUUAUCAACUUUCAAUCGAGCAAUCAAUCAAUCAAUCAAUCAACCGAUCCGAUCCGAUCGAGAGCAGCAGCAGCAGCGUUGUUGGACGACCCGCGCACAGCACCGAGGAAGAAAGAAUAAAGAUAAAGAAGAAGGCUAGUUGGGUGACGCGUACCUUUUAGGUCGCAGAGGUGAUAAAUCAACAAGCGGUUUGACUCUUGCGUUCGACUGCCGGUGCCACACAACCUCGGAAGCCAAGAAGUGGUCACAUGCACUCAUGCCGGGAGGAUCAUCGGCCAAACCGAGCAGAAUAAAGUGAGUUAGUGAGUGAAAGAAGUAAUGAUGGAUGGGACUACGCCAAGGUCUGAGAAGAUCCAACAGUUGUUGUCCGCGGCUAAGGCGGCCACCAGUGUCCAGGCUGCAUAAUCAGUAGGAAGUUUGAUUGUGUGGAAGUGAAAUUAUUUUCUAAGCCAGGUGUUGAGUUGAGUGAUAGCGGUUGUUUUUUUUUUGUUCUCUAUUUUCGUUUGAUUCGUCGGUGAUAUAUUCCGUCAAGAUGUACUGCCUUUGUCGAUCGUCGAAGACCAUUGCGCUGCGGAUUGUGCUGCUGGACGAGACGGAUUUUCUGCAUGAAUUACAGGACGAUCUGCCCGGCCAAGCCUUACUGGAUGUAGUCUUCGCCAGACUGAACCUGAUAGAGACUGCCUAUUUCGGUAUACGAUACAUAGAUCAGGAUAAUCAGACGCACUGGCUCGAUCCAGCCGCCCGGUUGUCACGGCAACUGAAAGGCACCAAGGCACCCUUCGACCUGUACUUUGGGGUUAAAUUUUACGCCUGUGACCCCUGCAAGCUGGUAGAGGAAAUCACGAGGUAUCAACUUUAUCUGCAGGUCAAACAGGACAUCCUCCAGGGUAGGCUACCGGUGUCUUUUGAACUGGCUGCAGAGCUUGGAGCCUACGUUGUUCAAGCUGAACUAGGUGACUAUGACCCCCGCAAGCAUCCGCCCGCUUACGUGUCCGAGUUUCGAUUAUUGAACAAUCAGACGAAGGAAAUCGAAAACAGAAUUCACGAGCUGCACAUGCAGCUCAAGAGUAUGUCCCCCUCGCAGGCUGAAUUUAACUACCUCGAUAAGGUCAAAUGGCACGACAUGUACGGUGUGGAUCUUCAUCCGGUGCUGGGAGAAGACAGCGUGGAAUAUUUUCUCGGACUAACGCCAGGUGGGAUUGUAGUCCUGCGGAACAAAACUACGGUUGCCCACUACUAUUGGCCUCGAAUAGCGAAGGUGUACUUCAAAGGACGCUACUUUAUGUUACGGGUCUGUGAUAAGAAUAACGAGAUUAGCACGUAUGGCUUCGAAACGCCAAAGAAGAGCGCCUGUAGGCAUCUCUGGAAAUGCUGCGUCGAGCAUCAUUCCUUCUUCCGGCUUGUGCGAACGGCACCGAUGCAGGCAGUUUCCGGUGCAGCAAGUUUAACGUCGCUUAGCUCCAAAUUCCGGUACAGUGGACGCACCGAACGACAACAGAUGUCGGAGGUGAUGCUCCAGCAGCGAGCCCCACCGGCAUUCACGCGAACACCGUCCCGACGACAACCGCGUCGAAUAGUAGACGAAAAGCAGGAGGAGAAGGUUUUCGAUGCUCCCAAAUACAUCCAGCAGGAAAUCAAAUCGGUGUCGAUACCUCAACCAGCACAAACGUUUGAUAGUCCUUACCGUUCUACUUGCAGCAUUCCAGCUGCAUUGAACACUAGUAGCAAAGCUUAUCCUGCACCACCGGAUUCUCCCAGAAGCACCCGCAGUGCCCCUUGGAUGCGAUCGCAACAGCGCGGUCUGUUCGGUAUCAACUCGAGCCCAAAAUCGGUCCGAUCCGUUUCCACCCGAAUGAGUGCCCCAGCUAAUCCAAACCGGAUGCGAUCCAGUUCGGUGGAGAGUCACUCUAGCAAUGAGUCCCGCUCUGGACGACGGCGCAGGCAUCGAAGCAGGCGAGUCUCGGACAACGAGAGCGAAUUGUCGCGAGGAUCAGGUCGCUCCGGCCGAUCGCACAACUCGCAUCGCAAGCACCGUCGACAUCGUUCCAAAAAUCGUAGAAAUCGCUCCGAUACGGAAAGUCGUGACCGUAGCUAUUCGAGCCAUCGUCGCUCAACGGAAUCGAUCGAACUAGUCGACUCCGGCGAACAAUGGCUGGAGGUACAGCGUAAACAGGCGGACAACGUUCAGAAGGCAGCCGUUAUCAAGAGUAGCCAGGUGUUGAAAGGUUCCACACCCGAUUCCGGAAUUGUACACCACCACCGUAGCCGACGGCAUCGAAAGCAUCGCUCACCGUCGGAGAAGAUUUGGUCUAGCGAACUAACGAAACAUCUACAGUUUGAUCUCGUCGAUACCACCGGCAUGACCGCGGACCAGCUUCGGGAAAUCCCUUACACCGUGGUGGAAACCUAUCAUCUAGCUACCAAAAAACCAAACCCCCUAAAGGUGCACAAAACUAGUCAUCAUGUUAACCAGCGAAUCGACCGGAUACGGGAGUAUCCGAAGGAGAACGUGAAUGACAACAUGAGCGGAGUAAACGGUUCGAUACGGUCAGCCAGCACUAUUAGCUCCUCUAGGGAUUAUGACAGAAAUUCGGGUCUGAUAAGAAUGAUGUCCAGCAUGAGUAUGGGAGACUUCAUAUCCCCGACGGGAUCCAGCUUGAGUCCACUGGAUAGCUCCGGAUUGCGUGUAAGCCACGAACAUACCGACUCCGGCUUGGGUGCCGAUCAAGACUACGCGUAUUCAUCGGAAAGGUCCAGCGACAGUGCUAAAUACGGUACCAACAAAUCCUCUGGAGCGUCGGUAAACUCAGCGCACACCAAAUCUUCCUCGUCGAACAACAUGAAAAAUCAUCACCACUCAGUGAGUAGUAACAGUACAACUACCACAACCCGGAAGCCGCCACUCUGCCCGGGUCGGCAGCAGAAGCUUCCGGGUCCGAUCAUUCCCGGUGUACAUAGCACUUCCAGUGCACCUAACAAUCGUUUAAUCAAUAGCAGUAACACACAUUUUCAAAACAAUCACUACACGUUUAGUCUGACGCGGCAGAACGCGCCUUCCGGACACGGAAGCCGUCCUGCCUAUGGCUCUAGUACAGGUUUGGGGUUAAAUUCAUACGGUUAUCUAGACUCGGCUGCAACAUUAUCGUCGACCUCGCCGUAUCACUAUUACUACGACGGUACCGGAUUUCGUAGUGCAGCCAACCAACCUUGCUUGACAGGCAUACCUAAUUAUGAGAGCUCUCGACUUGGUUCCAUCCGAGGAACGAAGUCCGAUAUUGGAGUUCCCAUCCGGCCGAAGAACCAUCGCCAUCAGCAAUACAUCACCAGUGUCCACAACCGACUCGCGAAUGGCCCUAACAAGCGGGCCAUGAUUCCGUCCACCAAAACGGACUAUCUAGAGAACUAUAAGACUGGACUUGAACGACUUAAGCUUUCCAACAAUCACAACACUGGCAACAAUAACUCUAGCCCACCGGAGACUUUUGCCGGGUUGUUAAACACGUCCAUCAGUGUUCAAAACAUCAUCAAUAACAAUUACCAACCGGCUUCCACUUCGAAAGAAACCGGAAUCGGUUCUUCGGUUUGCAACAGUCCCACCUCGGGAGGACCGACUAUUCUCGCCAAGGGGAGCGAUAGGGUGGGUCCGUUGGUUUUCUUGGAUUCGAAUCAAAAUCGUAACAGUCCCGGCCACGAGGGCCAAUCGGUUCAGGCAACCGCCUUUGAGGAACCUACCAAGGGAUUGCCGGUCAGCGCCGCCACUGACAGCAGUACCACUGAAGCGCGGCACAUCGGAAAGCACCCGACAAACGGUGGUGGUGGCAGAGGCGGCAGCACCGGCGGAAACGGAAGACCGACUCCACCGAUUCCGUCCAUCGGCGAGUCAAAUCCCACCAAUAUAGGUUUGGACUUCAGCAGGAAAAACUCGCUCAACAGUAAGAUCGGUACCACUGGAACCGGAAAGCGUUCAUCCAGUCUAGAACUCAUACUAACACCCAUUAUCCAGAGCAGACGGGCACAGUAAUUAUGGGUGAAAUGAGCACCGAGUUGUGAAUCGUACCCAUUACCAGCGAAAACCCUGUCCCAGAAGUGGUUUCAAAGGUCACCCCAUGCCUGCUGAAAAGGAGAAAAUGAUGAUCGCUAGCCAACGAAGGAGUUUUUAUUUGCUCUCUACAUGUAAACUGUAUAAUACUCACAUCAUAGCCUAAAAUUAAAACAAACAAAAAAACAAGUGUUGUGUUUAAACUCUAAGCCUUUGACACGUGUAUAUUAUUGGUAAAAAGUAUCGUAACGUAAAUGUUUGGUGUUGAUUCUGAAGUGAGAACGCCGAUUUCAGGAUGCUUCUUUAGAUGUUUGUAGAUCUUUUAAGAAAUUUUUAAAUGUACUCCGAUAUUGUUUUGCUAACAAACAAACACACACAAACACCGUCUCGUCUAUCACACUACUGUCUUCGAUUGCAAUUACGUACCAAAUACUAAAUUUUAUCAGGUUUUACACAAAUAUGUAGUACUCGUAAACCGUUACUGCCGUACAUCAUAAUAAUUAUAUAUAGGACACUUAUGUACUUGUUUAAUGGACUUUAAGAUGUAAUCAGUUCAAGUGCAGUGUUGAUGGAACUUCUAAACCAGGCAGAUUACCUGAUUGGAUGUCAAAUAAACUAUCGAAAUAAUCAAAAAUUUCUAUUCAAAUCCUGCAACACUGGAAAUGAGAGAAAAACUAAUAAACAGAUAUUUACGAACGCA